AAGAAGGAAGAAAGCGUUGGUACUAUCCACUGUCAAAAGAUGCAGAGAAAAACAGGAUCUUAUCUUUGGUGAAACACCUAAAUUAUACUUCAUCCCCACACCAAAUCUUUUUUUUCUAAAAAACCCUUCUCCUGCUUCCUUUUUUCUUCUCACACUGCCAAUCUGCCAUUUCAGUAUAUAUACAUAUGCUACAACGUUGGAGAGCUUUGUACGGCUUUGGAUUUUCAAAUAUAUUUUGGUUUCCUAUCUAGGGUUUUUUCAUAACACCACCUAUGUUGUAUUUCUUUUAGGAUUUCCACUUCUACACAAGUAAAAAACAAACCAUUCUCUUACGGCCUUAACACCUUAAAUACUUACAAUUUCCUCCUUCCUUUUUCUACAAUUUUUCUAUUUGGGUGGGUUAUUAAUGAUUAAUAUAAAUACAGAUUAAAGUGUUAAGAGAGAGAGGAUGAAUCACUGCGUCCCCGAUUUCGAAAUGGAAGAUGAUGAUUCCAUCCCUUCUACUUUAACUCGCUCUAAAAAGCCUUCCAUGCCAGAGGAUGAAAUCAUGGAGCUGUUGUGGCAAAACGGUCAAGUUGUUAUGCAGAGCCAAAACCAAAGAUCUAUCAAGAAGUCACCGCCGUUCAAAUUCCAAGGCGCCGACCCAUCUGCUACCAAAGAGAUCCGGUCUUCCUCAUCUCACCAUCAUCAUCAACAACAGCAGCAGCAGCAGCAGCAGCAGCAAUCGCUUACCGAUCAUCACCUCUUUAUUCAAGAAGACGAAAUGGCUUCAUGGCUUCACUAUCCUCUCAGCGACGCCAGCUUCGACCACGAUUUCUGUGCUGAUCUCCUCUAUCCUUCCUCCGCCGCCCCUUGCCUUACCUCCACCACCGCCACAACCUCCGCUCCUCCUCCACUCGGGAAAGUUACUCAAGUUUCAGCUUUAGCUGUGGCGUCAGCUUCUAGGCCCCCGAUACCGCCGUCGAGGAGGAAUGAGUUGGAGUCGACGAGGAUUCAGAACUUCGUUCACUUCUCCAGGCAUAAAGCGGUGAGGGUGGAACAAUCUAAACAGUCUAAUUCUAAGAGCGUAGUUAGGGAAUUGACGGUCGUUGAUUCCAGCGAUACUCCGGCUAUGGCUCCCGAAUCAGGAGCCUCUCAGGCCAUGCCCUGCAACACUGAGGCAGCUUCUGGAGAAAACGACAAUAUUAACUGCGCCAACAUGAGCGUCGCUGCAGGAGCCAACACGCGAUCAGCUGGUGUCAGCGGGAGUGCCUGCAAAGACAAUUUAGCCGCGUACGAGGUCACGGUGACAUCGUCACCUGGCGGCUCCGGUGCCAGUGCCGAACCCACGGCUCAAAAGGCAGCCGCCGCUGAGGACCGGAAGCGUAAAGGAAGAGAACUGGAGGACACCGAAUAUCACAGCGAGGAUGUUGAGUUCGAAUCUGCUGACACAAAGAAACAAACACGAGGAUCCACGUCAACAAAAAGGUCUCGUGCUGCAGAGGUCCAUAACCUCUCAGAAAGGAGACGCAGAGAUAGGAUUAAUGAAAAGAUGAGGGCUUUGCAAGAACUUAUACCUCGUUGCAACAAGUCAGACAAAGCCUCAAUGCUGGAUGAAGCAAUUGAGUAUUUGAAGUCACUUCAGUUGCAAGUUCAGAUGAUGUCCAUGGGGUGUGGCAUGGUCCCAAUGAUGUUUCCUGGUGUUCAACAAUACAUGCCAACAAUGGGAAUGGGAAUUGGAAUGGGCAUGGGCAUGGAUAUUGGAAGGCCAACGAUGCCAUUUACAAAUGUUUUGGCUGGCUCACCAUUACCAACACCAGCAGCUGCUGCUCAUCUGGGUCCAAGAUUUCCUAUGCCACCCUUUCAUCUGCCACCACCGGCUCUGGCUCCAGCUCCAGCUCCUGAUCCAUCAAGAAUCCAACCAAACAAUCAGUCAGACACCAUGUUAAACCGGCUUGGUGUACAAAACCCGAACCAGCCUUGUGUCCCGAACUUUGCUGAUCCUUAUCAACAGUAUAAUAUUGGUCUUCACCCGAUGCAAUUAUCCCCUCCACAGAAUCAAGCGAUGGCCCAGACAAGUUCUAGUAAACCCAGUACCAGUAAGGGAGCUGAUAAUCUUGAAAAUCACCCAUCAGGUGACAUGACAAGAUAGCACUAAAAGGAUUUACAAGUGGUGGCCGGCCAGCAUCAACUACUCUCAGGCUGCAAGCAGAUUCUAUUAUCUGAAUCCUGGUCGCAAGUGCUGCUUGCUUGUGUAUUCCUUUUGACUUCCAUAACAUGAAAACAUUGAAGAAAGAGCUCCUGUGCAUUACAGGUUCACAAUUCUGUUUGGGAUCACUCAGGGAAAGGUUCUUACCUUUUCUAAAAAGUUUUGUUAGUGUAAGAGAACCUUCUUGUCUGAGACCAACUUAAAAAAAAAAAAAAAUACUAGCUAAAUGUUGUAACACAGCUAGAAUGUAAUUAUUACUCCACCAUAGAAAUAUUUGGUUAAAACAGUUUGUUUUUCUGUUUGUUCAGAAUAAGAAAGAGGCUUAGACAGCAGAAUGUAGCAACAGAAGAAAAAGUCACCUUUGGCUUUUGAUUGGAUGACUCUGGUUUGCUCACAAACCCACCCAAGUGGUUCUUAAGUUAUUAUUAUCUUUGAGUAUAAA